ACAUGGCUUCCUCACCGGCACUUCCACUGUACGCGAGCCGCUAUCCGACGCCGAACGGAUACCCGCAGAUCAACGGGGAGGUCGACGCGCCGCUCGACUUUCGCAAGGUGGAAUCGCUACGCAGGUACGUCCCGCAGCCCAGUGGGAAGAGAUGCGUUGAUGGCUCUUCGCGUGCCGGAGAGCCUUGUCGAGCCUUCCACAUCAAUCAACCUAUUACACAGUGUUUAUCAGUCUAGCGGGGGGGGGGACAUAGGGAAAACACAGCUUUGUUACAUGUGUGUGAGUGUGUAUGUGAAUGUGCGUUGCGUCUUUGGCGCAAUCGCUGACAUCGCUGGGCAAUGGGAACACGUCCGAAGAACACAUCCAAUUUCAAAAGCAAUAGGGCCUCAUCAUAUCGAUCCAGGAGCAGGUGCAUUAGUAGCGAUAGGCUUGACGCACUAAGGAGAGUCGGAAAAUUGGCCCGCUUUUCCUCCGCGUCCUGUGGCUGCCGAGGACGCCAGGAGCGUUCUGCGUGCCUGUACAUACCAACUAUACCUACAUAUAGACAGACAUACAUAUACACCGAACUAUAUAUAUAUACAUUGACCAUAUGCUUCCAGUCAAACAUACAUAUGCGUAGCUUUAUCUUUAUACACAUAUAUAUAUACACACAAACUUAUAUAUAUAUACAACGUGUGCGGCAAACACCGUCUGGUACAAUAAGUGAGCGCCAAUAGAGGCUCGCGACAAUAUAGCGAUUAUUAUGACCUGUUUUCGGUAUGAUAGACGUUACAGGGGUAGUUGGAGAUUCCAAAUAGGUGUAUGUGUGUACAUUACGGUAGCGGUCGCUAUCCCGCUAGCCAUCCCAUCUCAUCGACAAGCACUGUGCAUAAAAUUAGUAAGCGAGAGGGCGCGAGUGAAACGUAUGCCGCUUGCCUACAUCUAGCUAUAUUAUACACUGUAAUACUAGGCGCGCGUGUGUACACGCCCAAGGAGCAACACGAAAAAAACAAACGGAAACCACUCAAUCACUUGUAAAUGGUUCGUAGCGUUUUCAAAGUACAAAGUAACCGUAGCAAUGGAGCAAUGGACACGCAACUGAAAAGAAAUACCGACUGACAAAAACCACAGAACAAACAAACAAAAACUAAUACACGCAUACAAAACACAUACACCGUCAGGUCGGUACGCUCGGGAACACGGUCCUUGUGUGGCGGCCGCGCGUUCGUGGUCUGCCACACUGGCCGCCGGUUGUGAUUGCUCUUUAAGGUAGUGUUAGAAUUUUCGACAGAUUUUGUAUUUAGUAGCGCGUGUACAAAUUGAGAUAUCUGCCUCCGCCCCGCACUAGUCGGCUCAUAUCAGUAACCUCUAGUAAGCGUUUUGACCCUUGCGUGCGAUUGUGCGUGUGGAGCUUGUAGAACGGACGGUCCUUCCAGCGCUAGCGAUCGUGUGGAGAGCGCGGUUGACAUUCGGUUUUGCCGGUGGUAGAGCAAUGGGGAUGUGCGUGUGUUCGUUUUUUUGACUCCUCCUCCGUUGGAGGCACUGAAGGCUGCCCUGUGCAAUUUGCUCUUGUGUGACGCGUUACAAUAAACAAACAAACAAAAAAACCCUCCGAACUACCGACCGACGAGGUAGUAGUGAUGGCUUCCCGAGCUUCAAUCAAACCUUUGCAUCUAUCAACCAAACUGAACGGCGGCAAGUGUGGUACCGCUGCUGGGGAUGCCAUAGGCGGGGUGUGUCGUGCACAACGAUGGCGCUGCGCUCUACACGUCUCAUCCAACGGGCGUCAGUGUGUGUCGUUAGUGUCCUUCGCUUCACGCACACCACCACCAUUACAAACCCGGCACGGUCUACACCUCUGCUGCUGUCGACGAGCUUGCGUCCGUCCAUCUCCGGGGCGACUGUGUGGAACAGCACCGACACCGGCAUCAUGGACCAGCAAUACUGUCUGCGCUGGAACAAUCAUCAGUCUAACUUAACCACCGUGCUCACCACGCUCCUACAAGAUGAGAAACUGUGCGACGUCACGCUCGCCUGCGAGAAGGGCAUGGUCAAAGCACACCAAGCGAUCCUGUCCGCCUGCAGCCCGUACUUCGAGCAGAUAUUCGUCGAGAACAAGCAUCCCCAUCCGAUCAUCUAUCUGCGCGACGUGGAGGUGAACGAGAUGCGCGCCCUGCUCGACUUCAUGUACCAGGGCGAGGUGAACGUGGGCCAGCACAACUUGCAGAACUUUCUCAAGACGGCCGAAAGUUUGAAGGUACGGGGACUGACCGAAAGCAGUGCCGACCGGUAUUCGGCCGAUACGGACAGCAAGCUGCGCUCGGAGCGGAUCCGGGACUCGCGGGACGAGCGCGACUCGCUACCAAACGCAUCCAGCAACAACAGCAACAACAACAACAACAGUAGCAGCAACAACAACAAUAACAACAACACGAUCAGCAGUAACAACAACAACAACUCCCUGCACCAUGGGCCGCUGCGCGACAAGGAGCUGACCGAGCACGAGCAGCUCGAGCGGCUUCAGCAGCAGCAGCAGCAAACGCACCACCAACAGCAGCAGCAUCCGUCGUCGCACCAGCAACAGUCGCAGCAGCAUCCGUCGUCGCAGCAUCAGCAACCGACGCACCAAACGCACCAUCACCACCAUCACCAUCAGCACGGUGGUGGCGGCGGCGGUGGCGGCGGCGGCGGUGGAGGCGGCGGUAGUGCCGGCCCGGUGCAGCAACCGUCCCGGAGCGCGAGCAUCGAUCUGAUGCAGUCGGCGCUGGUGGACGAGCGCGACUAUCUGGCGGCGGAGGAUCGCGAGAUCAGCACGGUAGAGAAUAAGAAGAAGCGCAAAUUGUCCACCACCUGUGAUAACUCAUCGCCCUCGACGCCGUCCCUGAUGAACGAACGGCAAGGGGGGUACGAAUCGCAGGCCUCGUCACACAGUAGCUUCAAGCAGAGCCCGAAACCGGAGGACGAGUUUAAGGUGAGCUCGCCGGCCCCGGUCCAUCCGCUGGCGGGCCAUCCGCUGAGCGGCAUCAAGCAGGAGCUGCCCGAGCUGCCGGUGCGCCAUUCGCUGUCCUCCGAGCUGAUGCAGCCCCUCAAGAUGCCGCUGUAUGCCGACGAGAUGUCUGCGAGCAUCGGGCUCGAACCGCACGCGCACCUCAACCACCUGCGCCAUAAAUCGAAACAUCCUAUUCCGAUCAACAUGAACGCGGACGAUAUGAACAAUAUCCUAGCACCCGGCAACAUGGGAUCGCUCAACGAGAGCGGUGACAGUGACGCCCACCUGUCACAUCCGGAUCAUCCAGACAAUAUCGAUGGUGACCGUAUGUUGCGUCUAGCGAUGGCGUCACGUCACCACCAUCAUCGUGCCGGUUUGCAUCAUCACGAUCUCGCCUCUGGAGUGGUUGUGAAUGCCGUUUUGGCAGCCGGAGGAGGAGGAGGAGGAGGAAGCGGCUGCGUUAAUGGGAGCCGCACUGUUGGCGCAGGAGGCAUGGCAGGAGGAGGCAGUGAUGGGCCAGAGUAUGAAGGUGCAGGUCGCGGUGGGGUAGGGUCAGGGAUAGGAGGAGGAGGAGGAGGAGGAGGAGGUAGGGCGGGAGGAGGAGUAGGUGCGACGGGAGCAGAGAAACAGCAGCAGAACCGCAGCAACCAUCACCGGACCACCGAGCAAGCGGAUCGUGAGGCGAGCGUAUGUGCGGCAGGAGGAGGAGGAGUAGGACCAGCAGCAGCAGCAGCAGGUGUAGGAGGGUUAGGGUGCGAUAGUGGUGCGGCAGCAGCGGCUGCAGCAGCAGCAGCAGCAGCAGCAGCGGCCAGUAUGCUUGGCUUCAGUGGCGUUCCGCUUCCGCUCGGCGGUAGUAGUAGUCUCGUCGAGUCGCUGGUCGAACAUCACCGCCUGGCCGCGAGCCUAGGAGGAGGUGCAGUAGGAGGCGGGAGUGGAGCUGGCGGUGGGGCAGGCAGCUCAGGAGGUAGUGGAGGAGGUCUCGCGAACGGGUCACCGUACGGUGGAGGAGGGCAUCAUCUGUCCCACCAUCAUGGUGGAGCCGGGGCCGCCACCGGUCACCACCAUCAUCAGCACCACGCCGCACCGCACCACCAUUCCCUGCAGCAGCAGCAUGCGAGCAGUGCCUUCAACAGUGCCGGCGAUGCCCGCUCGGGAGUGGCGGUAGCGGCAGCCCUCAACACCGGUGGUGGUGGGCCCCCGCCGGAUGGCAGCGGCAGCGGUAGCCGGUGUAGCAAACCAUCCGUCACGUCGACGACUCCACCGACACCGGCGUCCCUGUCGUCGUCCUCGUCGUCCUCAUCCUCUGCCUCCUCAACGUCACUGUGCGGGGGUAAUGGCGGUGGAGGCGGUGCAGGAGCAUCUGGCGGUGGCUUUCUCAUCACCGGUGACCCAUCCGACACCAUAGGGGCUGGAGGUGGUGGAGCGGGCGGUCCACUCCGUGGUAGUAGCGGUGGUGCCGGUGGUGGCAGCAGCGGCGGUGGCGGCAACGGUGGCACUUCCGGCGGUGGAUCAAGCACGACGCGGCGCGACCACAACAUCGACUACUCGUCGCUGUUCAUACAGCUGACCGGCACCUUCCCGACGCUGUACAGCUGCGUCAGCUGUCACAAGACCGUCUCGAACCGGUGGCACCACGCAAACAUACAUCGGCCCCAGAGCCACGAGUGUCCGGUGUGCGGGCAGAAGUUCACCCGGCGCGACAAUAUGAAGGCUCACUGCAAGGUGAAGCACCCGGAGCUGAGGGACCGCUUCUACAACCACAUCGUACACAUGUGAUUAAGCGCCGCCCGAAACAAGCAGCGGCUGAAGUAUAAGAAGAACCUGUUCGUGUAAAGCGUGGGUCGCUCGCUCUCUUUUUCCAUGCACACCACCGUCUUAACACUCACUGUGGGGUAGGUCCUUGAACACGAGUCGCUCGCGCACACACGAGCCAAAUGAUUUUCCUCUGGUCACGUGGGGUGAGUGUGUUGUAGGAGAUGUGCAUGGCCCAGCCGUUGUAGAGUAAGGAUUGACUGCUCUACACAUAUUAUUGCAUCAGCAGUAGCGCGCCAUCCAAGCGAGUUGAUUGACAUACACCGUAUACUGGACCCCAUUUUUCCUCCCACAGUAUGGAUGAUAUUUAUAUACGCAUACAACAUUCAUACCAACGUAGUAUUGCCUUCAUGUCUUGAGGUUAGACAUUUUACAUACGAUGAGCAUAUAUAUAUAUAUAUAAUUAUAUUGUCAAUGGUGGACGUGUGUGGAUAGAUCGCUACGUCAUAGAUGAGGCCUGCAAUAGGAUUGUUUCCGUUCGCAGCACAUCGCGCCUGUAGUGUGAUGAUCGCAUACUCCUCCUAUAUCUUGUAUGGUAAAAAUGUGCAUUUUGGAGCAUAUAUAUAUAUAUAUUUAAUGACAUGGACAACACGUACUUUCAUUGAAGGGAGAUGACCCUUAUUUCCAGCGCUAGAUAGGGCAGGAUCAUAUUAUGUCUGUGCUGUUAAACGUCAUGGUUUUAAACAUCGUGAACAUCGCACAGGUGCAACAUGAGAGAGAUGGAGAGAGAGAGAGAGAGAGACAAAGAGGCGAUAAAGGAGUGAAUUAAAAGGAUUGAAGAGAAUUCAGGGGCGGAGGAGGAGUAAUUUAUAGUAACAAAAAUUCAAACCAAGCUCUCUGGAGGUCUCGGGCAUACUAGACUUCUGUAUUAACAUUCUUGGUCCUCUGGUAGGCCAUGGCAUUGGAAAAGAAAAGUGCUAGUUGGUGCUAAAAAGUAACUAAUCUCGUGUUAAAGGCACAAAUGUGCUGCAAAUUGCAUACCUUCCGAAGUGCAGUAAUUAUUGUAGUAGUUUUGUUAGGUUCCAUUAGAGAUAUAAUCAGUUCAGCUUGCUUGCUUAAUGUUGCGUAACGUUCUCACCUGUUCAACCUGAGUGACGAUCUCAAUAGCGUUCAGUACGGAUUUGUAGUUAUGUCUUUUCUCGAUAUCUCUCCAGUCUCUUUCUUGUCUCUUUCUCAUGUUCGCUGCCGCACCUAGCUAGUUCAUUACGGGCAUUAUAUGGAUCCCUUUCCGUUAUACGUUUAUGCGUUAGUCCAAUGCAUUAUCUGUCCUAGCAUAUGCACAAGGGAAGGUUUGUAGCAAUUACGCGUUCGACCCCUAUCAGUGGGUUUUGCUGCAUAACACUCCCCCACCUUGUACGGAUCCGUACGCGCGGCCUCUUCCACACUUAUGGCCCAAGAAUCGGGCUUGUGUGCGCUCUCCAUUUCCCCCAUUGCGUUACGCUUUCGAAUCCGUAGUGGUGUCGUUGUUGUUUGCCCUUCCGUUGCGCGUUUCCUUCUCCCUCCACACUGUGGUGUCUGUUCGGGUGCGGGCGUGCGCCAAGUUUGUCUUGGGUAAUGUGUUUAAGUUAAAAAAUUACAGAAUCCAAUUUACAAACCAAAUGUAGUAGUACAUAUUACAGCCCGGAAAUAAGAGGAGCCAUUUAGUAAAACACUUACGCUCAGGCUAUUAUAGUGUGCUUCGCGGUUUAGGAUUAGACAAGUUGACAAGUUUUUUAGAAAUGAGCCAGUAUCUUACAGGAACAAAACAAAACACUCUGACACACAUAGGAAGUAUAAUUCAGCCAAUUAUAUUAAACUAUAUACACAUUCAAGACACCGAAAGUAAAACGGAAAACAGUAACCAGACAGAAGAAAUAAGAAAAAAAACAACAACAACAACAACAAGGAACUGUAGAAAUAUCUACAAACACAUAUACAUUUAUAUUUUUAUAUGAUAUGGAAACUAUAUUUAUAUGCGUAGAUGGCCCUCCCCCGGUAAAAAAAGAAAAACAAAGCAAAAAAAAAAAAAUAGUGAACUUGCAAUAGUAAUAUCGAUUGCGUAGUUGAUAGAUUUAUAGAGACAAUUUAAACAAAUGUAUUAACAAUAAUAACUAUAACUAUAACUAUAAUCCCAAAAGCAAGACAAGUAAAAAGAAGACGUGAAACACAACAAUGCCAGCCCAAUGAAAAAAAAAGAAAAGAUAACUACAUAGUAUUAAAACAAACAAAUAAUGGAAGCUAAACAGAACAAGAAGUCGUCAAGACAUGGUAGUAACCGAACAAAACUUGUCAUGAUGAGUAGAAGUAAUUCAACCGUAGGUCAGAAAUAACCGUAUGGGCUUAUUGAUUGAUACCUUACACCUAGUGUUAUGAAAACGUAACGUUUAAGUAAAGCAAAUGAAACCAAAAGUAACCGAACAAAAGGUAGAAGAAACGGAGGAAGGAACACACAAACCAGAGCUAAACCACCAACAACCAAACUAAACAUUAGAUAAAUCGUACGAUGUGAUAUUUAGAGAUAGUAACAAAAACAAAACUGGAGGAAGCAAAACGAACAACAGCAACAACAAGAAGAGAAAGAAACAGUCACAGACGCACACACAUAUUAGGUCUUUUUUGGGGGGGGGGAGGGG